AUGGUGAAUCAUAUCCUGGUGGAUGAUGGCUCAGCGGUCAAUAUACUACCUCUUAAGACUAUGAAAGAGCUAGGGAUUCCUACGGAUGAACUUUUCCCAAGUCAUCUGAUGAUUCAAGGUUUUAAUCAAGGUGGGCAAAACGCCAUCGGAAAGAUAAGACUCGCAAUGCACAUGGAAGAUAUGGAAUCUAAUGCACUUUUCCAUGUCAUAAAUGCCAAAACUACUUACAAUAUGCUGCUUAGGCGACCAUGGAUGCAUGAAAAUGGUAUCAUCUCCUCAACACUCCACCAGUGUUUUAAGUAUUGUCGAGAUGGAAAAAUAAAAAAGAUAUUGGCAGACACCGACCCCUUCACCAUAGCUGAAGCUCACUGUGACAAUCCUUAUAUUCUAUUUCAAGUCAAAUUAUCAGCAAGAAAAGAGGGUCAAUCUUCUUUUGCCAAGGAUGAAGAGAAGAUCAAUAAGGGGCUUGAAAACUUGACCUUGCCAGCUACUAAUCUCGCCUUGAACAAGGUCUCAAAACCUUUAUUAAAAGGGUUCGUUCAUCAAACCGAGUUGGUAGUGAUAAAUCCUAGAGGACUCCCUGAUAAACGGGCGAAUGGCUUUGAUCCCAAUGCUUACAAGCUUUUAGCCAAGGUUGGUUAUAGUCGUGAGGACAUCAAUAAGUUAGCAAAGGAUGGUGAUACUACUCAACUUAAAGGUAAACAAAUUAAUAAAGAAGCCUCACAAUACAUAAGUGCGAAAGAAGUGAAGGACAAACAAAAAAAUCAGUUGGCACCUCUUAGAGCUUCAGUCUGGGAUCGUCUUGGUGGAACUACAAGUCGUGCUCCUGUUUUUGCCAAGAUUGGAACCCAAAAUAAUAGAAAGGCGCUAAAACGCACAUCAGUCUUUGCAAGACUUGGACAAUCCAUGUCAAAAGAUAACAAGCAUACACUCGAUCAUCAAUCAAGUUCGAUGAGUGAUUUAAAGGUUUUUCGUAGCAAAAUACCUUCACGCAUGAAGAGACAAUGUGAAUGGGUGGUGAGUGCUGAGGAGACAUUGAAAGGAAAAACACGCACAAUAGUGAUGACAAACCCCUAUAAUGAAGAAAAGGAAGAUGAAAUAAUGUGUCUCACUUCAAAUCACAUCACUAUUGAAGAAGAUGAUAAUGAUAAGUUUGUCGUCGAAGAAGAUGUUGAGGAAGCUCUGCCUUCCCUUGAAUCAGAAAAUAAGCCUACAAUGGAUGAACUUAAAGAGGUUAACUUGGGAACUGUUGAAAACCCACAACCAACAUUUAUCAAUGCGAAUUUAUCACCUAAAGAGGAAGCAAAUUGUAUGGAACUUUUGAUGGAGUAUCGAGAUGUCUUUGCUUGGUCCUAUGAUGAAAUGCAAGGUUUAGACCCAAGGAUUGCUGUUCACCAACUAGCAGUAAAAAAUGGGGCUAGACCUGUAAAACAAACUCAGCGUUGCUUCCGUCCUGAACUCAUAUCACAAAUUGAGGUUGAAGUCAAUAAACUUAUCCAGGUAGGUUUCAUUCGUGAGCUUAAGUAUCCUACAUGGAUUUCAAAUAUUGUGCCAGUAAAAAAGAAGAAUGGCCAAAUGCGUGUUUGCAUGGAUUUUCGAGACCUUAACAAUGCUUGUUCCAAAGAUGACUUUCCACUUCCAAUUACCGAGAUCAUGGUCGAUGCUACCACGGGUCAUGGGAGAUUAACCUUCAUGGACGGUGCCACUUAUCAAAGGGCGAUGCAAAAGAUUUUUGAUGACAUGCUUCACCAAUAUGUUGAAUGCUAUGUUGACGACCUUGUGGUUAUCAAGGGGCAAGCACUAGCUGAUUUUCUCGCUGAUCAUCCUAUUCCCGAUGAAUGGAAGUUCUCUGAAGACCUGCCUGAUGAGGACGUUUUGUUUAUUGAAAUGUCAGAACCAUGGAAAAUGUUCUUUGAUGCCUUGAUUCUUGGGUUGGAAAUGGAAGUGAAUAUAAAGAUGUCUCGCCUUAAAGUUUUUGGGGAUUCUCAAUUAGUCAUCAGACAACUCCUCUCACUAUAUGAAGUCAAGAAGCUAGAGUUCAUUCCAUAUCACAA